GUGUUCUCAGUCGCGUCAUUGGUUGAAGACUCUGUUUCCCAGCAUGCUCUGCUGGUGACGCGUUACGUGACGUGACGUGUUUCCUCCGCUGGCUGAUGACGCGGACAGACAGACAGGUCCGUGUGUCGGUGAUUCUGAGAGCAGAGCGGCGUACCGUCCACCGCCGGCCCGCUACAGACCCGGGAGCCGAGACACAGACUGGAGGUCCACCUGUGUCAACUCCUUGGACCAGGAGGAACUGACUGAAACCAAAGCCCCCUGAACCCAUUAAACCAGUUUAAAACCAGUUUAAAACCAGUUUAAAACCAGUUUAAACCAGUGUCCCGGAUGAAGGCCCACAGAGCGGUGUGGACUGUAAGGCUGUCUGGACUCACAGGCCGAGAUGAAUCGUUACCUCCCGGUGGCCCGGCAGCACUUCCUGUCCGCCCUCGCCAGCACCAGUGUGGUGGUGAAGAGCAUCAGUGGCGUGGUGGUGCUCCUCUAUCUGCUGUCGUGGGCCGUGGACACCCCGUACGCGUUGGGGGUGACCCCGGGCUACCUCUUCCCGCCCAACUUCUGGGUGUGGACUCUGGUGACCCACGGGGUGGUGGAGCAGCACGUUUGGGGUGUGGCGGCCAACGUGGGGACGGUGAUGGCCUGUGGACGUCUGCUGGAGUCUCUGUGGGGCGCUCUGGAGCUCCUGAUCUUCUUCACGGUGGUUAAUGUCUCUGCGGGCUUCCUGGCGGGCUUCUCCUACCUUCUCACCUACAUCUCCACCUUUGACCUGGACUUCCUGUUUGCGGUGCGCGUCCAUGGAGCGGCCGGGUUCCUGGGAGGGGUCCUGGUGGCGCUGAAGCAGACCAUGGGGGACACCACAGUGCUCAGAGUGCCACAGGUGAGACUGAAAGCAGCACCGGCUUUGGUCCUCCUCCUCCUCGCCUUACUGCGCCUGUCAGGGCUGCUGGACAGCUGUGCUGACCUGGCUGCAUACAGCUUUGGCGCCCUGUCCGGCUGGGUCUACCUGCGCUUCUACCAGAGGCACAGCCGGGGCCGCGGAGACAUGUCGGACCAUUUUGCCUUCGCUAGUUUCUUCCCUGAGGCGCUGCAGCCGGUCGUGGGCCUGCUGGCGGGGCUGGUCCACUCUGCCCUUGUGAAGGUGAAGGUGUGCAGGAAGAUGGUGAAGAGGUACGACGUAGGGGCCCCGUCCUCCAUAACCAUCAGCCUACCAGGGACGGACCCCCAGGAUGCAGAGAGGAGAAGACAACUGGCCCUCAAGGCUCUGAACGAGCGUCUGAAGCGGGUGGAGGACCAUACUGCCUGGCCCAGCAUGGACGACGAGGAGGACGACGAGGAGGACGAGGUCAGAACCGACACACAGCUGCUCCUCCCGGGUGGACGUGACCCCUCCUCCUCCUCCACGACGAGACCAGCAGGGGGGCCCGCCGGCGCCUCGCUCUCCUCCACCUCCUCAUCCUCAAUGUCACAGAGCAGCGGAGGGCCAUCCACGGGCGGAGCGCAACACCCAGAGUCCAGCAUUAUCAGCUUCGAGGAUGCCCCUUCUAGGUCGUAACAAACGGAACACACGUAUGCAGACAGGCACUCUCAGUUGGGCGUCACCGGCAGGUUUACUAGUGUAAUCAGCGUCCCUGACUUCUACAAAUAUGUGACAGUGAGUAGAUAUACGCUCGAUAUCACGCGCGGCGACACAAGCAACAUGUUUGACCAGUUCGUACACACGACCGUGCCCUCACAAACACACUGUCAAUGUCAUCAUGAAGGCCAAAGGAUGUUCAGACACGGUUUUAAAUGCUCAGUGAAGUUGAGCAAACUGGACACGCAAUUCUUCUCCUCCUUCCUGCAUACGAACGCAAGUCAACCAGAAAUUCUGUCUUGUCUGGAAUUGAUCCAAGCUUCGCAGUAGCUCGGUCCACUGCUUCAUGUGUCUCUUUCUCUUGCUUUCUAAAUAAACAACAAAAUGGGUGUACAAUAGCCCUUUUUAUAAGUCUUUUUUUGGUGCGGCCGUAGUGGUUCUCUGAUCACCUGCCACAAGAACGCCGUCAGUGAUGGAGACUCGUGCUGAAUUCUCCCGCCGGUUUGAAAAGCGCUGCAAAACGGCUGAAGGUGACAUUUGCUUUUAGUUCUUGAUAUUGAACCUGGUGUCUAAAGGAGGAAGUAUGAAGUCAGCAGAGGUGCUGGACCAGAGGAAGCUGAUGCAGGUCUGUCCUGAUGGUAAACUGUGAUACAAAACUUCAAGAUUUGAAGAGGUUCCUGGUGAAGAGAAUUUCCAGACUAUUUUCAUUUGCUGUCUGGUGUCUCUGGAACAACAGGCAGAGAAACAGACCGUUUAUCCUUUUCUUUUAACCCCAUUUGUCAUUCAAUGGAGAACAAUUCUGUAUUUUUUCUUCUUCUGGGUCUGUUCAUGACUAUACAAAAUUAUAAAAUACACACCUUUAUGUUUCUGUGCACCUUAACGGCGUUCAUGCACACACAUUUGUGUCUGAUUCUUGUUUUACGAGUUAUGAGUUGAUUCAAAUUUUUAGGUUAUAAUAUUAAGCCUACUCCAGGAGCAUCAUCCUGUAAGAGCUGUUCAAUUAUCUGGGUGCAUGGGAUACAGAGAGGUUAAGUCACUCGGCACCUUGACAAAUACAGAGAAGGGUAGAGAAUAGGCUUCUUUUUUUUUUUGUCUCAGUUGCAGAUUCAUAGUUUGUACCUGUGCUCUGCCAGUCUGCCCUGAUGUGAUGCAUCUCAGCCUCCUGAGGAUGAAUGACUCCACAGACAGUGGACGCCUGCAUCGAUUAGUAAUCAGCCUGGAGAAUGUUUCCCAGUCACAUCCUUUGCACUUGUACCAUCGUUCAUUUCUUCACUCACAAUGCCAAGUAAGACCAAGGGAUGAAUCAUUUUUCUUUGAAGGUUGAUCGGAAGCUAGAUUGUUUCAAAAUGCCUCAUGAAUUCUAUGCAGACCAAAAGGUCAGUGAUUCAUUCAUUUUUCAUCUUGUAAUGAUCAAAUCAUUGAAUUUCCAAAUUCCCACCUGUCCUUGUUGAUGUCAGAUGUUGCAAUAACAGUGAGGACAAAUUGAUAAAAACAUUUUUUUUUAUCAGGUAGAAAAUGUUUCCAAAUUAAAGGAGAAUUUCCAAAUAAUUAAGAAGGUGAACCACCACUUCAUCUGCACAUAAUAAACAAGGAGCAUAGAGUACAUGACGUGAUGCUCACCAGUCUUCCUGGGACAACAGAGCCGGUAGAUUAUGCUGAAGGUUGUUGUGUCUUUAUAUGUGGGCAAUGCUUUAUUUCACAAACCAUCUUGGAAAAACAAAAAAAAGCUGAUCGAUCACUCCAGUUUGGGUUUCGAUACUCAGUACUUCAGCAGGAAAAAGAGUUUGAAACCUAGAAACUACACAAAAUGUUUGAAUUAAAGAAUUACGUUUUUAGAUGUUUAAUUAAAAUAUAAAAAAAAUCCUGUCUUUCAUAUUUAAUAAUCUGAUAUUUGUUGUGUGAAGAACAAUGUUGCAGUGGCCAUGCUGAUCGCUUUAUCUGUCACUGACCGUAUUGACAAACUAAUCAGAUGUAACAGAAGGCAGAGUGGCUGGUUUUGGCCUCUCGUACCCGCGUUCAUUAACAGGAGGAGAAGUCUCCUCCUGUGUCCUCCCAGACGUGUUCUGUGGUGAUUCAGUGUGAUUCGGGGUUUGAAUAUGUUCCAAAAGUGAGCAAAGACACAGCAAAGUAUGUUUACAGUUUACCAACAACCUUAUUUAAUAUCCAGGAAAGGCUACGUAUAUAUUUAAAACACAUAUGUUCUGUGUGUGGGGAAAGGUGGAAUACGGCAAAUGGAAAGAAAGAAAAUGGAAAAUACAGAGUUCUAAAAGCCUUGAUUAGUGAUCAGCCUGAGGUUUAAGCCUGGACUGAAACUUAGCUGACACAUUAUUAAUGUUCUUUUGAGGAAGAACAUCACAAGAUUGACUUUUUGGCAAAUAGUGCCGUGUGACUUGACGUGUUGAGCGGUGACAUAAGCGAUAAUGUCACCGGUUUGGUGACAGAUGCUCCUGGGAAACAUUAGCAGUCUGAUAUUCAAACUUGCAAUGGCUUUAGUUUGUCCCUGUAGAUCUCCAACCCACGGUUAUGUUCCUUUAUACAAUGUACUGCAGAUUCACAUGACAUAUGUUUCCGUCUGGACUUUUCAGUCCAGGCAAUGAUUAACAGCCACUUUUUUUCACCAGAUGGAAAUGUUUUAUGUAUGGGAAGUGAUAAGCCAUAUUAGAGUGAUGACGUUCUGUGUGUUCUGUCCUCUGUUUCUCCUGCUCCCUUCUGCUCAUUUCCCAGUGUUCUUAUUUUUCUCAAGGAGAUGUUUGUGUUGGAUGAGUGGGGCUAUUCUUUGAUUAAAUAUGUCAAAUCAAGCUUGAGACUGUAGUCAAAUAUCUGAACUCUCAAAACGCCUUCUACCAUCAAAGACAUUCACGGUAGCAAUGGAGGAAGAAAAGUGUCAAAACAAACCAGUACAUGCAGUAGUAACAGAUGGUCACGGAGCAAUCGGUGUGAACCUCAUACCAAUUUUAAUUGCAUGUUACUCUUCCCUCAGCUGCUGACUCGGCUUGACUCAGCCGUGCAGCAAAACACAUUCUAACAUGGCUGCCUGAAGAUAAGCGUGAAGUUGUGCAAUUUGAUCAGUGAGUCUGCGUAGGAAUGUCGUAGUCGUCAGUCGGAGGUUACAGAUUGAGCCUGGCCAAACCUCCAUUCAUUCUUCAUCUGUGUUCCCUUUGUUUUGUCCUGUUUUUAUAUGUGUUGUGACUCCUGACAGAGAAGAGACUAAUGAAACACACACAGUUGGUGUUGACUAGGAGAGCUGAAGGUGAGGAGUAUAAAUGGUAUGACUGUCAGUGGACACGCCCUGUUAGUCAAUGAACAAGCACUUGAUUGUAAUAUGUCUCCAUACAGGGUUCAUACGUGUUUGGUCCUGUACACCAGUAGCUUGUCAUUAUCAGAGUCCCACCACAGGCAGGUUGGCUAUAUUCAAACCUCAGAAGCUGCUUUACCCAAACAAUUAGAUUUUCCCUGUUUGGUUUCCUGUCAAAGUGACCAAAGGAAGUCCAGUUUCUCUUCCCAGUCUUUGUGUAAACUGGAAUUAAUAGAAUGUUAAUGUGAUUAGGAGAAAAAGGUCUCUUUGACAAUUCAAAAUGUUAAAGUUGAUUAUUUACCAGUCUUCAUCUGCAGGUAAAAAUCGACCGCCAGAAAU